ACGGAGGAACAGAUAUGGCUCAAAUGAUGAAAAGUAUGAUGUAAAUUUUUUAGGAUGCCACGUCGGUUUAUGUACCAUUUUCUCCUUGUGCUGCUUUUCUCCUGUGCGGACAGGACUGUGGGUAAAUCUCUGCUGGAGCCCGGAGCGCGCGAGGUGCAGGUGAGGGUCCAGGUGUUCAAUGGUGGUGAUCUUUCACCCCUGUCUGAUGCUACCAUCAUCGUCCAUGGCAACCGUAGUGUGCUGGCAUCCACCCAAGGUUCCAACGAUGAUGUAGUAAAUUUCCAUUACCGCACUGGGACAUGGGUAAUCAUCACUGCAUCUCGGAAGGAUUACGUAACCAGUUCAGUGCCCUGGCAUGCCAGCAAAGUGCCCUUGUAUGCCUCUGUUAGUCUCUACCUUUUGGCCCAAAGGCCAGGAACUCUAAUCCUGUAUGAUGAUGUUAUCCAGGUGUUUCAUGGUUCUCCAGGUGGGAGGAGCCAGCCAUGGCUGCACAUUCCAAGGCGGAGCUUGCAGCUGAACUCCUCCUUCUCUGAGAUGACAGCUGUUUUGACCACUGCCCGAGAUCUGAGUGAGAUCAACGCCUUUCCUUACCUGCUGGCCCUGGAGCCCAACAACACAGGGGGAGAAGACAGCUGGAUAGAUUUAACAGCAGUAGCGGCGGUCAGCGCUCAGCUUUUUGACCGGGAGGGUAGCGAGGUUCAGGUCACAGAGUCGAUUCAUUUCUCCGUUCCUCUGCCUUCUGACUCCCAUGUCCGCUCCCCAACCAGUGUACCUGUGUGGGUGUACGAUACAAAAUCAGGGCUGUGGGUACGGAGUGGGAUCGGCUACAUUAGAAGAGAUGGAUCUCAUUUCACAUGGGACUUCAAAGCUUCACGGCUUGGGUAUUGGAUAGCAGCCUUCCCCUUUGCAUCAGGACAAGGCUUGUCUCAUCCAGGCUUAAGGGACAUCACGGCCUACCAUUCCCUCAUCCUGCUCUCCAUCCUGGGAUCUCUUGCUCUGCUUGUACUAGUACUGCUCUGUGCUCUACUCUACUACUGCAGACGGAGGUGUCUGAAGCCUCGACAACAGCUGAAGCCGGGGCAGACGUCAUCUGCACUAUCCAGUUCAAAGCGAGACCAGGGCACCUCCACCUCUCGCCUCAACCUCAUCUGUGGAGGCCAAGUUGAAUCUGCAGCCUCCAAUGGCAAUCCGGAUACCGGCAAGUCAGAUGCCUCACCGUCCCGUGAAUUUAAGUGUGCCAGGGAUGAGUUUGCUAAACACGUACCAGCACAGAAACUCAGGCAUUCAUCCAAAAAUAAACAGUCUAAAGUAGCACAGCGAGGGGCCGAAAGCUUCCCCAUGAAAGUGCAUCGCUCCACAGAUACAGGCAACCUUGACAGUACCCUGCCUCAUGAUGACUUCGGAUGCAACUACAGUUCAGAAGACAAGGAUCGUGAAUACCAUCGCAGACAUGUUGUCAAUGACAACCGUGGAUACACGGCUGACCCACCUUCUCCACUCAUUUCAGACAAUCCACCAGAAUACUCGCAGGUUUCACAAGGCCCGGAGCAUCUUUCUCGUCCAACGACACUAAACACCCAACCUGGCCAGAUCAUAUUCUGCAGCUCAUUAGAACAAAUGACAGAGAACAUGUAUCGCAGCAUGGUCCCAACCUUGGUCAUCCCGGCACACUACAUGCGCUUAUCUUCUGAGUUUAGUGCCUCUGAAGGUGGUAAGGAUGGCCAAAACCAGACAGACAGGGACAGCCAAUGUGGAAUGGGUAAUGGUGUCAGCAUUGGGAUCCAAAACCAAGGUCAUCAGGCCCAAAGCCAAGGAUCAGUCCAAAUGCAUGCCCAGCAAGGGGUGGGGUCCCCAGCUGGCCCAGAUGACAACAUUUGGGCAUCUGGAGGUCCAUCUGCUCCAGUCCACAUCCCAGUGCUCUUUAACGAUUCCACUAUGGCCCAGAUGAAUGGAGAGCUCCAAGCACUUACAGAGAAGAAGCUUAGAGAACUAGGCGUCAAACAGCACCCUCGUGCCUGGUUCAUAUCCCUUGACGGACGUGCCAAUGCUCAUGUGCGCCACUCAUACAUUGAUGUUGGUUCUGAACUUGGCCUCGGUGGAAUGAACAGCGGCAACCACAGUGCUCAGAGUACCCUCAGUGCCCCUGCUGGCAGCAGUAAGGAUUGCAUUUCAGACACAAGACAUCAAGAUAACCAACAUGAGCGCAAACAUGCCUCUGGGCGCAAAAGUAAAGAAGAACGUCAUGGCAGUGGGCGAAAGGGACAUGGAGGGAAGCAGUAUUCCAAAAUGCCUUACCAUGACUCUCUAGAUAUCAGCAGUGGCAUUGGCCGUAUGGGAGCAGGGUCACCUUUGGAGAAUCCUUUAACUCCACUGCUAGAUGAUGGCCCAGAGGAGCCACGGGGGUCACCAAUGCCGCGUAGAGGUCGAAGCCGGGGCAACAGCUCACGUAGCAGCAAUAGUGAGACCCAGCGAGAUUCUGUCACCAGCCCGGAGGAGGAAAAUGACCUAGAUGACAAAGAUGAGAACAAGAAAAGUCCAUGGCAGCGCAUCGAGGAACGCCCACUUAUGGUGUUUCAUGCAAAGAAGUAGAACAGUUGAAUAUACAAAGACCAAACUUAAUCCUUAAGCCACAAAAUACGUGUCCCUCUGA